UAUAAAUUUGAGGUGCAAAAGAGCUGUCUUUUUGCUUUUACGAGGAAAGAAAAAAGGCCCUCAAACUUUGGUCCGCAGGUCCGGCAUUCUCCCUUCCUCUCCAGGCUUCAUCAGCACCAUCACAAUCUCUUCUCUUCUCCUCUUCUGAACUUAAAAGGAAAACUGAAAAAGAUAAAGCUCCCAAAAAACGACAACGACAACAACAACAACUUCGAAGAUCAAAAGGCCUCAACUCUUUUUCACGCGCGCACAUAAAUCUCAUUUGUUGUCUCCCGAUUCAUGCAGAGCUUAUUUUUAUUGGCUAAUCUGAUUGGAGGAUCAUAAUAAUCUCGUUCUUCUUCACAAUGAGAGCCGAGCGUGGAAGGAUCUCCAAGCAUGCUUCAUGGCCGAGAUUAGUGAGAAAAUGGCUAAACAUACAAGCUGAUGAAUUUUAUUCCGACUACGCCAUAGAAAGUUAUUCAGAUAAUAACAAAAAAUCUGAAAGGAGGAGAAACAGUUGCUCCGACGAGGACUGUUACGUCGUCGUACCCGGAGAUUUUUCAGUGUUUUCAGAAGAGGGGUUGUUGAUGGAGCUACCAUCAGCUGUUGAAGUUGACGAUCAGAAAAACCUGAGGAUGUUCGUUGGAACAUGGAAUGUUGGAGGGAAGCCUCCCCACGAUGGCUUGAACUUAAGAGAGUGGCUGAACUCCCCUGCUCCUGCCGACAUUUAUGUUAUUGGGUUCCAAGAAAUUGUGCCUCUUAAUGCGGGUAACGUAUUAGGUGCGGAGGACAAUGGCCCCGCUUCCAAGUGGCUCGCUCUCAUUUGCGAAGCCUUGAACAACGACAAUGACAACGACAACGAUAGCGACAACAUCGGGCAUUCUCACCGCGACAACACCCCGAAGACCAGAGUGAGCUCCUCGGACUUGCUUUCCUUAGAAAACGAGCUUGGCGAAGAGGAUUUCCUAAGACUUCUCAAUUCAAACGACUCGACGUUGUGCCCUAGCGGCGAGUGCUCGCCCAGCUCAGCGUUUUUUACGCGGCCGCGUUAUAGGCUGGCGGCCAGCAAGCAAAUGGUGGGAAUUUUCUUAUGCGUGUGGGUUCGGUCGGACGUUUGCCCUCGCAUCACCAACUUGAAGGUCUCUUGUGUUGCUAGAGGCAUUAUGGGAUAUCUUGGAAACAAGGGUUCGAUAUCAAUAAGCAUGACAUUGUGGCAGACAAGCUUUUGCUUCGUGUGUACUCACCUGACCUCUGGGGAGAGAGAAGGAGAUGAGGUGAGAAGGAAUUCAGACGUGAUGGAGAUUCUAAAGAGAACACGGUUUUCUCAUUCUUGUAGACCUAAUUCUGGUCAAAAACCUCCUCCUCUUACUAUAUUGGAGCAUGACAAGGUGAUUUGGCUUGGUGAUUUGAACUACCGGCUUGCAAAUGCAAGUGGUGACACGCAUGAGCUACUAAAGAAGCAUGAUUGGCAAGCACUUCUAGAAAAGGAUCAGCUAAGGAUAGAGCAAAAAGCUGGUAGGGUAUUCAAAGGAUGGGAAGAAGGGAUCAUAAGUUUUGCUCCAACAUACAAGUACUUUGCAAAUUCUGAUCAUUAUGUUGCCCAACUCUCUAAAUCUAGAGAGAAGGAAAGAACUCCUGCCUGGUGUGACAGAAUAUUGUGGAAGGGAGAUGGGAUGAAGCAAAUGUGGUACGUGCGAGGAGAGUCCAAGUUCUCAGACCACAGACCAGUUUAUUCACUAUUUCAUGUCCAAACAAACUCCUCUAAUAAUUAUAACCCUAGCAGUAGUAAUAAUAAUAAUAAUAACAAUACUUCUUCUUCGAAUAUGCUUAAAAACAAAACAAAUUACAUGACAUUAUUGCACGCCCCAAAAUCAAAUGGUGGUGCAUUGGCGUUGCCUUUGGGAGUUGCCAAAGUGCAGGCUGAGGAGCUUUUACCUUCAGUGAACAUGACCACCUUCUCAUAACGACUAUUUUCUCUCUCCUCUCUCUCUCUCUCUCUCACUAGAUCUGACAGACAGAACAUGUACAACCUUUGAUGAAACACCAAAAUGACACAACUCAGCAGCCUUUUUUCCUUAAACCUGACUGAGCUCUUUCUUGAGUUUUUUUUUUUCAAAAUGUUGGAAGAGAAACACUUGUGAUGAUGAUGAUCUGGUGAUAUUGGACAUUGGGUUCCUAAAGCAAAACAACUGCAAAAUCCCUGGCCCUUUUUUUUUUUACUUAAUCUGAGU